GUUCUACCGGUCUACUCGCCUGCGCGCGGCCAGCUCGACCUCGCCUUCUUCUUCGACGACAAAGGCCCGGAAAACUGAGUGCGAAACCCUGCCGAUUUCGGGACAAAAUUGCAUAUCCGUAUCGCAUAAAUCACCGUGCAUUGGAAGCUCCCUUCGCCGGACCAUGAACCGGGCGGAGGCGCAGGCUGCCCCGUCGAAUGGCUGCGUCCAGAAGCGAACUGCGGCGACUCCUCCAUCGAGCGACAGGAAGUACAAAUCCAUGGAGGAAAUAAUGAGGAAGGCGAAGCCCUCCUCUCCCGUCACCGAAGACUAUUAUUCCGAUGUCCUUUGUCAGCAAUGCCGGUUAGGCGAGGAGGAAGAUAAGAUCAUCCUUUGCGAUCGAUGUGACAUGGGAUACCAUCUUUAUUGCCUCCGUCCGAUCGUUCCAAGGGUUCCAACGGGGCACUGGUUUUGCCCUAGCUGCAAAAACGAAGAGACAGUUAGACAAUUCCCCCUCAUGCAGAAGUCGAUCGUCAAUUUCUUUCGGAUUCGUAAGUGUACAAAUGAGCCGCCUAAGGAGAAUUGUGGACCCUGGCAUGGUGGUUGGGUCGUGACAUUCACCGUUUCUCUCCCACAGAACCUUAACCAUGCCAUCAAGUAGAAACAUAUCAUAACCUACGUGGGAAGAGAUAUCGUAAAAGAUAAGUCGACUUCAACAGAGGCUUGCGGAGAUUGAUGACGGAGCCUAGGGGAAAUUAUGCUCAAUUGUGAUAUGGGGAGUUGAAGAGGAGAAAGGGAUAAUAAUUUUAAUCCCUUUCAUUGGGAGGACUUCAUUGAUAAAGAGGACAUACUACCACACUUUAUAAUUCAUUUUCAGAGGAGGCCAAGAUAGUAGAUGAUGUAUGGAGGACAGAGAUUUCAGAAUAAAGAUGGAUCUACUAUAGUUCGAUGGACGUAUGGAUCCAGAUGAUUUUAUCGCAUGGUUGCAACUAGUUGAGAGAGUCAUCGAGUACAAAGAAGUGCCAGAAGAUAAGAGGUCAAAGCUUGCCACAAUCAAAUUAAGAAAGAGCACAUCCUUAUAGUGGGAAAACUUAUAGAGGCAAAGAAAGGAUGAUAAAGUGAUAAGAUUAACAGAUGGGAGAAGAUAAGGAAGCAGAUACAGAGAAAGUACUUAUUGCCUUAUUACCCUCAAAACAUGUUUUUGAGGCUCCACCACCUACAGCGGAGAGACCUGUCAAUGGAUGAGUUCAUAACACAGUUUAACCAGCUAUAGAUAUAGUGUGAGUUGGUUGAGCCUGAGGAAUAUUUCAUAGCCCGAUAUCUGGAGUGCCUAAAGCUAGCUAUCAACAACAUUGUUAAAUAGAAGUACUAUUGAUGUAGCAUAUCAUCAAAAUGAAGCCGAAGGUCCUCUUAUAAGAGUCCAAAUAGAAGUUCAAGAAAGUGCCCAAUUAAGAGCUAAUUCAAGACCCAUCAC